GUCUGCGCAAAAUGAACGCAGCCGCAGUAGUGUAGCUCGAGGGGAGAAUGACGACUUUGACGUGUUCACGUCACGCGCGAAAUUUAGAAUGGGAAAACAAGCGGCGGAGCGCGCGCGUGUGUUUGUACUUGUUUUCGCUGUCUUCGUUCCGCUGCCUUUAAACGUUAUCUAAAAAAAACUUCUUUUUUAUUAUUAUUAUUAUUAUUAACGAUGGCGGAUCAGAGUUAUUACUCCCCGAGCUUUAAGAAGCCGCGUGAUGUCCUGCGCAUGAGGAAGAAGCGGGCCCGGAGUGAGGUGUUGAGCCGGAGCGCCUCUGCAGCGUCCAGCGGCUCGGCGGGAGCUGAUAUCCGGCCUUUCUCUCCCGGACCGCGGCUCCUCACUCAGAUUCGAGCUUGCGACGGAGUGAAGCGCAGAAACCCGUUCGCCAACAUCGAAAACACCUACAACAGUCCAAAGAAGAGAAACCGCUCCGAAAACCCUGCGGGGGACAGAGACCCGUUUAGCGCUUUGUGUGAGGGAGAAAACCCCGGAGAGCGGAGAGACCGGUGUGGACAGCCGGAGGAACCAGUGUCUUUUUCUGGAGAUCAGUUCUUAUUUGAAGAUGACGUAUUCAAGGCAGACAACUCCACCCCGAACCCGAAGAGUCCAGAGGCUCCUGAUCUUCACAGUGAGUCCCGUCUGGAAGUGUGUAGAGAAUAUCCAGCAGACUGGAGCCUGAAGACCCGAGCGCUCGUCACCUCCCCACAGUCUUUCUCCUGGGCCGAGCAGCCGAAAGCUCAAGAGGAAGCCCAGGGCCUGAGCUUGCACUGCAGGGCAGAGUACACUCCUCUACCACAGAACAUCCAGGACCCUCGCAGCUGCGCAGAGCUCCGCUGUGGUUUCCAGCAGUGCCUGCAGUACUGGCAGCAUCCUUCUCUGCCGUGGCUCUCUCUGUUCCCCAGGAUCGGUGCCAAGCGCAGUUUCUCUGGCAAGAGUACGCCAUGGGCACAGGAUGCAGUCGUACAGCAGAGCCUGAUGAGCGAAUGGUCGGUGAGCUUGACUUCUCUGUACAGUCUCCUAAAGGCCAAACUCUGUCCAUACUUUUACCUGUGUUCCUACCAGUUCACCGUGCUUUUCAGAGCAGCAGGACUGAGUGGAGCUAAAGGCAUCACGGCACUGCUUUCCCCAACCACCAGGGGCCUGCGUGAAGCCAUGAAAGCUGAUGGGAUAGAGUUCUCACUCCCUCUACUGGAAGAGAAAAGGAAAAGCAAAGAGAACAACUCCUCACAUCUAAAUGCCAACUCUCAGCUGACUGACCUAGAUGAAGAAAGUAGUACCUUGACAUCAGAGUAUAGUGAUAAGGAAGAGGAGCAGGAGGACAUGCAGGAGGAGGAUGAUGAUGAAUGUUUCUCCUGGCUGAAAGAGAUGGGGGUGCAAGACAAGAUCAAGAAGCCUGAUGCCAUCUCAAUCAAGCUGCGUAAAGAGCACGACGAGGUACGACUGGACCACAGGCCCGAAUCGGUAGUUCUGGUGGAGGGCUCAAACACCUUCACCUUGAUCAACUUUCUCAUCAACUGUAAGAGCCUGGUGGCUGCAGCUGGACCUCAGGCAGGGUUACCCCCAACACUGCUGGCCCCAACAGCGUUCAGAGGAGCUACACUGCACACGCUGAAGGCACGGAGUGUAAAUGUGAAGACCCAGGUGAGGACAGGCUAUCAGGAUGUGUGCAGUCUGGAGGUCACUGGCCCCAUAAUGCCCCAUGCACUACACACACUUACACAGCUCUUGAGACCAGCCCAGAAAGGAGGCUUUUCCAUGGCGCUCUACACACACGAGCCUAGCGCUGUUCUAAAUGUUCCAGUCACCAAGCCGUCUGAACCUGACACACAGGGUAACGUGUUGGAGUUGAGCCGGUGCGGUCUGCAGCAACACACAGUGCAGCAGCUGAUGGAGCAGGCGACGCUGGGUAAGAGUGCACUCCGACACCUCGACAUGAGGGACUACUCGUACAGCUGGAGGUCCUGAUGCCUCACUCUAACCCGUGAACCUGUGCAUUGUGACUCCACAACAAGUCAAUCGUUCUAAAGGCUGAUUGUUUAACCUGAUGUCUUUUUGUUUGUUUAGCUGUCAGUAGUUUAACAUUAACACUUCACCGAGUGUGUGUGUUGGUGUUUUAAAUGCUGGUGAAUUAACCGUAGCCUUCAGAAUAGAAUAUCUUGUAAUUUCCUAAUUUAGGAAUUCUGUGCUGAGAACAGAAAUGUGUUUGAAAAUGUAGCUUUGUUGAAUGACGAUGAGGUGUGUUUCAUUUUAUCCUUACACGUGGCAUUGUAUGUAUUGUAUAUUAAAUGAACUGGGAUUUUU